GUAGCUUAACAGGCAUAAGUUGCAUUUGUACUUAGAUCAGAACACCUCAAAAUAAGGCAAACUUGUGUGGUGACAUUAUAUUACAUUAUAUUUUAGAGCUGAAUAGAGUCCUUAAAGUUAUUAUUGCACAAAGUAGCAAGUUGCUAACCUUAGCCAUUUGAGGACAACUACAAGAAGCUAGCUGCUAACUACUUUACACAACAUGACCAGUGCCAUUCACUUCUAUUACACGAAUGUUCCCAUAUUACAUUCAAGUUGAAGCUGCACUACACCCAAUGUAUUCGUCGAAAACAUAAUUAAUAAUGAGCGUUAAAAUAACAGAGUCGGAUUUGAUCCGUUCUCCAUGAGUCUGAUUCCCUGCUUGCUGGACCGAGAGAGAAAGCUCUCUCGCAGGGCUAGCGCUCUGCAUAGAAACACCGGGCCCCGCCGCCAUGGUGCCGCUACAUAGGAUGUAUAAGAGAGGCUACUCGUUUCAGUUUCCCGGCUUCGACUUCCCAGCAUUCCCUUCCAGGCUUCCGUACAGCCCCAUACUGUUUCCCAUACUCGCAUUGGGGAGUCAGGUGGGCCUUUUAGGCAACAAUGAAAUCAAAUGAGGAAUGUUUAAAAAAAAAUGUCAAUGCUGGAUGGGACGGUUUCCACCCUGCGGUGCCCGGUGUUGAUUUCCCCUGGACGUCCGCAACAACAUAUGGGACCAUGGGGCAGCAGUCCAAAGAUGGAUCCUGCUCCAUCUAUUCAUUGCGUUUGGCCGCGGAGGUGACAGGCUGGAUGGACCCGCUGCUGCCCGCAGACACGGAGCUGAUGGAGCCAGAGGCGGAUAAGGAUGCGAAGAGGAAGAUCCAGUUCUCCGUGCCUUCAUCCGUGCCCACACAGCUGGACCCGCGACAGGUGGAGCUGAUUCGACGUCGGAGGCCAACACCAGCCACACUCUUCAGAUUGACCGAUCCACCAUCACCAGAGGAAGACAUUGACCCCCACCAGUGGGUUCUGGGUGAAAAUGGAGCCUUGAAAGCCAAACUGGUUCACACGACAACUUACCAGCCACCUUCACUAAAAGCUGUGCAGAGGAUGGCCCUGGCUCACCUGGCCUCCCUAGACUUGACUUCAGUGGACAAAGAGGAUUCCUCUUCUGGGGAGGAAGAGGAGGAACGUGAGAAGAAGAGCCAGCAGUCACCUUCAGCUACAGAUCCAAGGGAAGAAAGUCACCCACUUAGGGAUCAGUGUGCUCAGCUGGACAGUUUGACAGAAAGUGCUGAGCUCAGCCUUCACCGCAGUGACGAAGAGGAGGCAAAAGAAAGAGAAGAAAAAGGAGAAUGACUCAAGAACAGAGCACCAACGAGUGUUAGUUUGGAGCAGACUAGGAGAACUGUGUGUUGUUGAAGUCUGUGAGUGUGCAACAAAAAAAGUUGAAUGUGGAGGAGAGAGAGAGUAAGGAAAUCAGAUUGUAUUGAGGAAGGUCAGAAUAUUAAUGAGCAAGUAUGCAGAAAAGUUCAACCUGAGACUUGUGAGGCACAUUUAGGCCUUGGGCAACAGAUGAAGCAAGGGGAAAAUUCUAUUCAGCCAAGGACACUGCACAGGAAAUAUGAAAACUGCAAAGAACUGUGGCCAUUUCCUCAAGCAAAUAAGUGUGGGCUGUCUUUUUAGGUUUAAUGGAUUUUUUUCCAGAAAAUAUGUAAGACUUUUAUUCAGCUUAUUUACAUCAUACAGGUGUACAACGUGAUACUGGUGCUAGAAACACACACCUCAAAACCAAUUAGAAAAAUAAAUGAUGUACACUGCUCAAGAUAAGAUACAUAUACAACAAUAUUAUCUGUAGUUUAAAGUGUAUCAAUGUUUUUAUAGCCCUGGUGAGGGAGGUAUUUUAAAGAAUGUGUCACACUGUUCAACCAAUGACUGUGAGGCUAUUACAUAACAUAAUACACAUAUACUACAUGACAUGCUAUACUACAGUGUGAUAAGUAUACAGUGCACGGUGUUAUCGGAAAGGCAAACCCUUUUGGAAUUGAACCAAGAAAUUGUAAACCAAAACCAAACCACUCUUUCAGUUUGCUUUCCUCAACCUUGUAGACAUUUGCGUGCAAGGUCAAGGCGGUUGGAUUACAGACGAUCUGAGCGCAACUACUCACAGCAGUUGAGACGAAAUUAUAUCCGAGUAAUCCAACUAAUCAUGAUAAUGCAGCGCUGUUUUUCCCUUUUGAUAUUACGAACAGACUUUUUGUAACACCGAGAUUAGGAGGCAUGAUCCGUUUCGGAUGUCAGAGAUCAGUGGGAACCAAAAUUAGACCUAUUUUUUCAGAAAAUAUUUAGUAUGGUGAGCAUGAAGGUUAAUUCUGACCUUGUAAAUAAAUCAUGUUUUGUGUUUGUUGCUAAUCAAUAAAUAACAAUGGGCUGUU